UUCACACCUUCGCACGCUGUCUGAUCAGAGUUGAUUCUCUAAAGUCACAAUUCACCCAAGACUACUUACUACACUUCCCUUGCACCUCAUGCUCGGUCUGAGUGAUAACCACUUAGGCCGGCUUCCCACCUCGAUCUAUCGCGAUAACUUGCCCCUUCUUUGUGGCAAGGUUUAGCUCAAGACAUGCCGCCUCCGAAUACCCCCCGACAUUCCAGCGCGGAUCUCUCUCACGCCGCCCUCGACCUGCACAGCUUCGAAGCCUCCUCAAAUUCACCUGCUACUAGCAAUGUUCAAUCGCCUCAAGCCCGCCGUGAGCGUCGGUAUACAUCCCUCAAUGCCCAAGUAGCGGAGGGUUUGGACAACACCACGUCAUCAAGCCUCGGCCUCCCCCACAGCGUCGACUUUCGGGCUCUUACAUAUGUUGGCACUGUUGAUGAGAACCUUAUCUGUCCGAUCUGCCGAGUCGCACUGGUGGACCCCGUUGACACGCAGUGCGAUCAUACUUUCUGCAGGGAGUGUAUUGCUCAAGCUCUCUCUCACAAUGAGAUUUGCCCAAUUGACCGGUAUCCGUUGCCCCGCGAUGCUCCAUUCGGCCGGCCACACAAGAUUGUCAUCAAUCAACUGGACGCUCUACAGGCCAAAUGCCCUUGUUGUGAGGCACCAAUUCCUCGGUCGAUGCUUCAGAACCACAUGGAGAAGUAUUGCAAAGAGGCUUUAGUCAGGUGUCCCAGCAAGACGUGCGAUGAAGUUGUAAAGAGAAAGCUUUCCGAUAGGGGCUGCCUGCAUUACGAUGUAACCUGUCCCGACUGCAAGGAAAUUCACAAAGAGAUUGACAUUGGUCAUCACCGCGAGUUUGUUUGCAAGGAGCGCCAGAAGGAGUGUGAACACUGCGGAGCCGACAUUCUGCGUUGCAAGGAAUCCGAACAUAUCGAAGACUGCCCAGAUGUCAUAGCAUCUUGCGCGUGGGCGGAAUAUGGCUGUCAGCACGAGUCCAAGAGGAAGGACCUGUACCUCCAUGCGGAUGAGUGUGCGUUCAAGAUAGUGGGCCCUAUGGCAGAGAUCUUGAAGAAGGAAAUCAGCGUUCUCCGAGCCGAAGUCCGCGCUUUGAAUGAGAAGAACCAGGCCCAGGAGCGCCGCAUCAAGUUCUUAGAGAGCGGACCGAAGGAGUCUGAUCGGCAUUUCGACUACGCUGAUAUCUCAAGCCACCCGGUUUCGAGUCUUCCAGAAUCGGCAAGCGCAGAACCACUCGAUUCAGCAAAUGAGUAUUUGCUUUCUCUGAUUGAAGCGCAGGAGAACCGCAUCAGCCAGCUUUCCGCGGGGAUGACCGAGCUUGAAGCCAAACAGACCAUGAUGCUCUUCAACGAGACAAUCCCCAUCAAGAACGAAUUGACGGAGAUGAGAAGUAGCCAACAAGUCGUCAGCAUGCAUGUUCGGUGGCUGUUGAACUUCCGUAGACAGGAGAACCAGAGGCGUUUUGGAGCAGGUGCAACGAGUCCUCGAUCGAAUGGUGGAUCAGAUGCUGGGGGAUCUGGUGGUGAUGCGCCACUGCCUCGCAGAUUAAGUGACUCGAUGAGAGAUCUCAUCACCAAGCUAUGAAUUUCUCCCCGGAGUAAUUAUUGAUGUAUGAAUACGGAUGGGUUGGCGUUUAUGACUGGCAAGGGGAGGUUUGCUGUGGCAUCUACUUUUAUGGCGUGGCAUAUACCAGGAUGCGCUCUAAAUGAUGGCAUUUAGUAGUAGCAUGAGCUCAAGGAAGCUCUCAUGUUCAAUGGGCAUCAGGUUGUAUCCCUCACGAAGACGUGCAUGCCGACAUGAGACAGAAAGGAGAAAAUAAAUAAUAAUAACACGGUAACAUGUCCGAACAAGCAUCAAG